AACUAUCUAAAUGAAAUAAUCGAAAUAAAUCAAACCAUAGAGACCUUUGCAACAUAACGUAUAAGAGUAUAAGAGUACUCAUAUAUCUUCUGCUAAACUUGAUACCAAAAGAAUUGAACAGUGAUAUCGGCGUCCAUUUUAAGGCUUAUCCUGGCGAUUACAUAAUGAUUUUUACAAGGAAAAAAUGUCAGGAGCUGGGCUUCAUCUGUGAUGAAAUGCUUUGUUUUUGCCUUGAAAUUCCAAUGUGUUUUUUUCAACCCUCUUCCCCCUCAGCAGGUGACCGGCAGAAUGAGAAUUAUAGAAAACCACAGAUGGUGCCACUGGUAAUAGCCAAGACUGAGAGUCAAAAAGAGAUAUUUGGAAAUCACAGGGGACCAAAAACGUCUGAAAGAAAGCAGCCAAAGAAUGGGAGCAAGAAAUCCUCUACUUGUCAUAGUUUUCAUCAAAGAACACACACUGGAGAAAAACCAUUUAAAUGCAUGGAAUGUGGAAAGAGCUUCAGUGUAAAAAAUAGCCUUACUUCACAUCACAGAACCCACACAGGGGAGAAACCAUUUAAAUGCAGGGAAUGUGGAAAAAGCUUUACUCAGAACGAUCAUCUUACUUCACAUAAAAGAACCCACACAGGAGAGAAACCUUUUAAAUGCAUGGAGUGUGGAAAGAGCUUCAGUGUAAGCAGUAGCCUUAAAUUACAUCACCGAACCCACACAGGGGAGAAACCAUUUAAAUGCAUGGUGUGUGGAAAGAGCUUUAAUCAGAGCAGUAAUCUUACUUCACAUCAAAGAACCCACACAGGGGAGAAGCCAUUUAAAUGCAAGGAGUGUGGAAAGAGCUUCCCUCAGAAUGGUCAACUUACAUUACAUGAAAGAACCCACACAGGGGAGAAACCAUUUAAAUGCAAGCAGUGUGGAAAGAGCUUUAGCCACAGGUGGUACCAUACAUUGCAUGAAAGAACACAAACAGGGGAGAAACCAUUUAAAUGCAGGGAGUGUGGAAAGAGCUUCAGUGUAAAAAACAGCCUUACUUUACAUCACAGAACGCACACAGGGGAGCAACCAUUUAAAUGCAGGCAAUGUGGAAAGAGCUUCAGUGGAAAUGGUAACCUUAAAUUACACCACAGAACCCACACAGCGGAGAAGCCAUUUAAAUGCAAGGAGUGUGGAAAGAGCUUCUCUCGGAAUGAUCAACUUUCAUUACAUGAAAGAACCCAUACAGGGGAGAAACCAUUUAAAUGCAUGGAGUGUGGAAAGAGCUUCAGUGAAAGCAGUAACCUUAAAUUACAUCACAGAACCCACACAGGGGAGAAGCCAUUUAAAUGCAAGCAGUGUGGAAAGAGCUUUAGACACAAGUGGUACCUUACAGUACAUGAAAGAACCCACACUGGAGAAAAACCAUUUAAAUGCAGGGAAUGUGGAAAGAGCUUCAGUCAGAGCAGUAAACUUACUUUACAUCACAGAACACACACAGGGGAGAAACCAUUUAAAUGCAGAGAGUGUGGAAAGUACUUCAGUCAGAGCACUAGCCUUACUUUACAUGAAAGAACCCACACAGGCGAGAAACCAUUUAAAUGCAGGGAGUGUGGAAAGAGAAUCAGUCAGAGCAGUAGGCUUACUUUACAUGAAAGAACCCACACAGGCGAGAAACCAUUUAAAUGCAGGGAAUGUGGAAAGAGCUUCAGUGUAAACAGUAGCCUUACUUUACAUCACAGAACCCACACAGGGGAGAAACAAUUUAAAUGCAGUGAGUGUGGAAAGAGCUUCAGUCAGAGCAGUGACCUUACUUCGCAUCAAAGAACCCACACAGGGGAGAAGUCAUUUAAAUGCAAAGAGUGUGGAAAGAGCUUCAGUCAGAGUGGUAACCUUACAUUACAUGAAAGAACACACACAGGGGAGAAACCAUUUAAAUGCAGUGAGUGCGGAAAGAGCUUCAGUGUAAACAGUAGCCUGAAAUUACAUCACCGAACACACACAGGGGAGAAACCAUUUAAAUGCAUGGAGUGUGGACAGGGCUUUAGUCAGAGAAGUAAGCUUACUUCACAUCAAAGAACCCACACAGGGGAGAAGCCAUUUAAAUGUAAGGAGUGUGGAAAGAACUUCAGUCAGAGCGGUCACCUUACUUCACAUCAAAGAACCCAUACAGGGGAGAAACCAUUUAAAUGCAGGGAGUGUGGAAAGAGCUUCAGUCAGAGCAGUCACCGUACUUUGCAUCAAAGAACCCAUACAGGGGAGAAACCGUUUAAAUGCAGAGAGUGUGGAAAAAGCUUCAGUGUAAGCAGUAGCCUUGUUUUACAUCACAGAACCCACACGGGAGAAACCAUUUAAAUGUAGUGAGUGGAAAGAGGUUCAGUCAGAGCACACUUACUUCGUAUGAAAAAACACUGUGGAGUAACUUUUUUAAUGCAUGGAGUAUGGAAAGAGAUUCAAUGAAAGCAGUAGGCUUACAUCACAGGGGAUACGCAGGAGAAACAAUUGAAAUGUAGGGAGUAUGGAAAGAACUUCAAUGGGAGCUUUAUUCUUCAUCUUGCAGGCUACAUAGAUUAAAGCCCUAUACAGGUUGGGGCCAGGAUGCUUAAAAAAUUAUCUCACCUGUUAUAUAUGCAGCCCAUCACUGAAGUCUGCAGAAGAUGGCCUCUUACGCAUACCAUCUCAUUGGGAAGUCCACUCUGCAUGAUAGAGAAACCUGGCCUUUUGUGUGGUGGCAACUACUUUUUUGAACUUCCUCCUGUUACAUAUCAGACAUAAGUUUUUUUUUUUUGUGGUGCCUAUAGAAGACCUACCUUUUUCAACAAACCUUUUAAGGGCAGAGCUUUAUUACUGUUUCUGUGGGAUUUUAAAAGGUAAAGGUGUCCCCGCACUUGUAGUGCGAGUCGUUUUCGACUCUUAGGGUGAUGUCUUGCGACAUUUACUAGGCGGACCGUAUAUAUGAGGUGGGACUGCCAGUUCCUUCCCCGGUCUUUCUUUACCCCCCAGCAUAUGCCGGGCACUCAUUUUACUGACCACGGAUGGAUGGGAGGCUGAGUGGACCUCGACCCCUUUUACCGGAGAUUCGACUUCCUCCUUCCGUUGGAAUCGAACUGCAGACGUGAGCAGAGCUUCGGCUGUGUUACUGCCGCUUACCACUCUGCGUCACGGAGGGUCUGUGUGGGAUUUUAAAAUAUUUUUAAUUGGUUUGCAUAUGAAAUGUUUUUUUUUGGUGGUAUUUUUGAGAUACUUUCUGGGAAG